AUGUCGGGCGCAACUGCGAAAGGCAAGAAGCAGGCGAACAAGAAUGCCUAUCGCCGGGCAAAGAAGAAGCAACAGCGCAUCGAGACCAAGUCGGACGUGGGCGGCUCAGCGCGCGAGAAUGAUUCUCCUGCGCCAGCAAAAGAUGCCAGCAGCGACGCACUCGCGGUGCAGCCUGUAAAUCUCACUAGCAUCGACGACAUCGCAAACGUGUACGACCUGGACGAUCCCGCAUUAGAGGAGUUCAAGAGCGUUUUCGAGAAGUUCAGGGAGCCGACCGAAGAGGAAGCGGCCACCAGGGACGAGGAGAAGGCUGAAGUGUACGUCGCCGAAGACGGCAUCCCCAGCGACGAAGAGGAGGAAGAAGAUGGGCAGCCCAAGCUCUCCAAGAAGAAGAUGAAGCAGAUGAACAAGCUAUCGGUCGCGCAAUUGAAGUCGAUGGUUUCCCGCCCCGAACUGGUCGAGUGGACGGAUGUGUCAUCGUCUGAUCCCAAGCUACUAAUCUCCAUCAAGGGCGCUAAGAAUGUCAUACCCGUCCCGACUCACUGGUCGCUCAAGCGCGAGUAUUUGUCGUCGAAGCGCGGUAUCGAGAAGCCGCCAUUUGCUCUGCCCAAGUUCAUACAGGAAACAGGCAUAGCAGAGAUGCGAGAUGCCGUCUUGGAGAAGCAGGCAGAAAUGACCAUGAGGCAGAAGCAGCGUGAGCGCGUCCAAGGCAAGCUCGGCAAGCUCGAUAUCGACUAUGCAAAACUCUAUGAUGCAUUCUUCCGUCGCCAGACCAAGCCGGAGCUAACACGUUACGGCGAAGUCUACUACGAGGGCAAAGAGUUUGAGACAAAUCUCGUCAACCUUAAGCCGGGUGAGCUGAGUGAGGAACUUCGUGAGGCACUUGGAAUGACACCUGGUCAACCACCACCGUGGCUCAUCAACAUGCAGCGGUUCGGGCCCCCGCCGUCGUACCCCAACAUGCGCGUUCCCGGUGUGAAUGCUCCGAUCCCACCCGGUUCUUCCUGGGGUUUCCAGCCAGGCCAGUGGGGCAAGCCUCCCACAGACGAUGGUGGCAAACCACUAUUUGGAGGAGAUCUGUAUGGAACGGCCAUAUUGGAGGAGCAACAGCAGCCGACACACACUGGUGAGCCCGUUGAGCGCGGCAUCUGGGGAGCACUUCGAGCCGAGGGCGAAAGUGAAGACGAGGAGAGCGACGAGGAAGAAGAGGAGGAAGACGAGGAUGAGGAGGGAGGUGAUGUCGAUCCGAGUGGCAUUCAGACUUCGAUGACCACGGCCUCGGCCAUGCCAUCUGAGAUUGGAGGCGCAGAAAGCAUUGCCGGAGAGUUCCAACUUCGGAAGCAGCGUAAGGGGAUUGAGACUGAAGAGCCUGGAGCACCGCGGAGCGCCUAUACCGUGCUCCCAGAGAAGAACAUCUCGGCAACUGGCUUCUUCGGUGGUGAACAUGCUUACGACCUGGACGCAGCUAGGCGCGAUACGCUUGGACAUUCGCAGAGGAAGCGCAAGGCCGGUGAUGUGGACAUAUCUGUUGACGUCGACCAGCUGGCUGACAGUGACAAACUUGACAAGGAUGCACUAAAGAAAGAAUACGAGUCUAGGCAGAGGGCGGAGGCACAGGGACAGUGGCAGAGCAUUGAUCAAGAUGAUUUGGCCGACAUGAUCAACCAGGAGAGCAGAAAGCGGGCGAAAAGGGAGGGACGAUGAGCAAAAGACGUUGCGCUAGGUGUAUGAUUAAGAGUCCGCAGAGGACAUGGGUUUUGUACAAAAGAUUUGGUUUACUUUCGAGCGCUCCAAGGGCGGGCCGGCGUCACGGAUGCCAAGGGUCAGUAGGGCUUCGGCAUAUUCAGCAUUGGGACACGGCGUUAUAUGCGGUAGCCAAGGUUACCGCAGAUGAAGAUAGUCAAGAUCAAGAAAUCAGUUUUCAAGGGCAAAA